AUGAUGCAGUUCACUCAUGCUGCAGUAACUGCACCGCCUCUCCACCCUAAUGGCGCACACGGACUAGGGUUAGGGCUCUUCCUUGACGUCGGAGCUCCCAGGGCACGGCCGUGGCCAGCCGGGGGCUUUGCGUCGACGCCGCCGCCGCUUCCGACAUCGUCCAAGAUCUCUCUGGGCAACCUCAACAGCGCCGGGUGCAUGGAGCAGCUACUGGUGCACUGCGCCAACGCCAUCGAGGCCAACGACGCCACGCUCACGCAGCAGAUCCUGUGGGUGCUCAACAACAUCGCCCCCGCCGACGGGGACUCCAACCAGCGGCUCACGGCAGCGUUCCUCUGCGCGCUCGUCACGCGCGCGUCCAGGAUGGGGGCGUGCAAGGCGGUCACAGCGGCCGUGGCCGCCGCGGUUGAGUCGGCCGCGCUCCACGUUCACCGCUUCACGGCCGUCGAGCUGGCCAGCUUCGUCGACCUCACGCCGUGGCACCGGUUCGGCUACAUGGCGGCCAACGCCGCCAUCCUCGACGCGGUCGAGGGCUUCCCCGUCGUGCACGUCGUCGACCUCAGCACGACGCACUGCAUGCAGAUCCCGACGCUCAUCGACAUGCUCGCUAGCCGGGCCGAGGGGCCCCCGAUCCUCCGGCUCACCGUGGCCGACGUCGCCUCCUGCAGCAGCGCGCCGCCCCCGGUGCUCGACAUGUCCUACGACGAGCUCGGCGCGAAGCUGGUCAACUUCGCGCGGUCCCGCAACGUGUCCAUGGACUUCCGAGUGGUGCCCGCCUCGCCGGCCGACGCGUUCAGUUCCUUGGUCGACCAGCUCCGGGUGCAGCAGCUGGUCUUGGACGGCACCGAGGCGCUCGUCUUCAACUGCCACAUGCUUCUGCACACCGUGCCGGACGAGACGGCCGGGUCGGUGAGCCUCGCGCAGUCGGUCUCGCUCCGGACCAUGCUCCUCAAGUCCCUCCGAGCCCUCGAGCCUGCCCUGGUCGUGGUGGCCGAGGAAGACGCCGACUUCACUGCGGGUGACGUGGUGGGGAGGCUUCGCGCGGCGUUCAACUUCAUGUGGAUCCCUUACGACGCCGUGGACACCUUCCUGCCCAAGGGGAGCGAGCAGCGGCGGUGGUACGAGGCGGAGGUCGGAUGGAAGGUGGAGAACGUGCUGGCGCAGGAGGGGGUGGAUAGGGUGGAGCGGCAGGAGGACAGGACGAGGUGGGGGCAGAGGAUGCGCGGCGCGGGGUUCCGGCCGGUGGCAUUCGGCGAGGAGGCGGCUGGGGAGGUGAGGACGAUGCUUAAUGAGCACGCGGCCGGGUGGGGGAUGAAGCGGGAGGACGACGACCUCAUGCUCACAUGGAAGGGGCACAACGUUGUCUUCGCCUCGGCGUGGGCACCGUCGUGA